GUUGUUAAAGUGAAUGAGGUGAUGUAGGCUGUGUUGAGGAUGACGGUGAGGCAUGGAGGGUGAGGGGGAAAGGAGGCAGUGAGGUGAUAAAUGUGAACAAGGCUGGACGCCAUUAUCAGGUGCUAGACGCGUGAACAGCACCAGCUGGCGCAAGGCUGAGGCAACAUAAUGGCACUCUUAGCUAGUCUCAGUAGCUGAGCUUGGCUGAUGCAACAUGAUGCUACUCGCAGCUAGCUUCAGUAGCUGAGUAGGACAACCUGAUCUGUGAGGGAAGGCUGUGUUACGUGUGGCAGUUUUGGCCACCUCUGGCAGACUCGACACGGAUUUACCACCCUGCCUCGCCUCUCCUCCCAAUAUGAGCACCUGCAUGCAUUGUUUGCUGCCAACACGGGUGCUGUACAAGGCUAGUCGUGCAGCUUGUGGAAUUGGUGGAGCACACAUAUCACAGGUCAGGGAUGGUGUGUACCAGUUCCUUUGGAUCAACCCAGACUCUUCAUUUCACACCGUCUCCUUGGGAAAAAGUUAUUACUCAACAUACCCCCAUACUCCUGGGGCAUGUCACCACUUUGGCAAUGACAGCUCCCAGAGAACAGAGACAUCGCAGAAUGCUGUAGUUAAAGAGGAGGCUUCCAAAAAGUUUGAGAAUGUAAAGUUACAGCUCUCUUCUGUUAACCCUAUAAUUAAUGAAUUAUCAGAGAUGAAUUCCAAACGUAAUAGAGACUUAUUGUCUCCUGUGCGACCUUUGCCACAGAAGAGGAUCAAAAGUGGUUCGUCAUCCUCAAAGAAAUUCAGUGAAUCUGCAGUCUUGGACUAUAUCCCACUCCCACCUAGUCCACAAGAAAAAGAUGAAUUGGGAGAUUUCUUUGUUAUUGACACCAGACCCUCUGAAGUGAAUUUCCCUGAGACAAAUAGGAACAAGUGUAACAGUGAAAAAUCUAAGAAAGAUGCCAAGGUUGUGAAUGGAAAGAAGUCUAGUAGUAAUAAAAAGGAUUCAGUGGGGGGUGAAAGCAGUGGUGGAUGUUCUGGUACUGGAACCAAAUAUAACAAGAAAGUGAUAGUGUCAUGUGAUAAUGAUGUUCUUUAUAUUCCUUCAACCUCUAAGUUUUGUGAAGGUAAAUUACACGGUAAGCGGAACAACAACAGAACUAAAAAAAGAACUAAAGUCCUUGAUAAAAAUUAUGAAGGCAGUUCUGCCAGAACCUCAGGAAAAAAUGACAUUGAUAUAUUGUUUGAAGUACCCGGUAAAAGUGAUCUUGAUGAUGUCAUGGUAUUGUGCACUAUUGUAACACCUGAUAAAAGCCAAGAUCAUGUGCUUUCACCAGGAAAAUCUCUUGUUCCAGAUAAUCAGACAAGGAAGUGCCAUACAAGCACGAGACAGCAGCUGAAGACAAAACUAAGAGAUAUACAGCCAGAUGAAGUGAUUUCUGUCCCUUCCAAUUUAGAAAUAAAAGGGGGAAAGACAGUACCAGAUUACAAAAAUAGGGAUGUCAGUUCUGGCAUUCAGAAGGUGGAUGUGGUUGACCCUGAUGUUCUGGAGAUAGAGGCUCUUCCAGCUUCAUCCAGCAAAACAUCUGUUGAUGUGGAGGUUAUUGAUGUUUUUGCCUCUGAUGAAGACAAAUGCAGUACUGACUCUUCUGAUCAUGAAGAGAGAAACAUAGAUGUCAGUACUUCAGAAUUUGUAUCUUUACAAAAAUUACGAGUUAAGGACUUGCAAAAUACAGUAAUAGACAUUAGUGAUGAAGUACUAAAGUUCCGAAGGGAACUAGAACAGCUGAGAAAGUGGGAGAUGACAGGUCUUGGGAGGGAGAUUCUCUCUUCAAGGAACAUGAAGCCAUCUGAUACCAUGUUUACAAUUAUGUCUUACAAUGUGUUGGCUCAGGCUCUGUUGACAGAUAACAUGUUGCUGUAUUCAUCUUGUAAUGAUGAACAUCUCUCAUGGGAAUACAGAUGGGCAUUGCUGCAACAUGAGAUUACGGACCUGGACCCAGAUGUGCUUUUGUUACAAGAAGUUCAGGCCUCUCAUUAUCACAGCCAUUAUCUCCCAUGGUUUACAUUCCAGGGCUAUGAUUCCUUGUACAAAAAGAGAACAGGUACAAAGGCUGAUGGUUGUGCCAUAUUCUUCAAAAAGAGUAAAUUCUCUUUGAUAGAAUCCAGUAGUAUUGAGUACCUUCAGCCAGAAGCUUUAAAUAUCUUAGACCGUGACAAUGUUGGCCUUAUAGCAAAACUUUCACCGGUAUUGCAGCCAGAUGCACCAGCAUUGUGUGUUGCAACAACACAUCUGUUGUACAACAAAAAAAGGCAUGAUGUCAAGUUGGCCCAGAUAAUACUGUUCCUGUCAGAAAUAGACAGACUAUGCUAUGAGGGUGAAGAAGGGGGUAGGCCAAAGUAUUGCCCUGUAAUAGUGACUGGAGAUUUUAAUGCUGAACCGCACAGUGCUUUAAUACAAUUCUUGAAAGAUGGCCGGUUACAAUAUGAGGGCCUAGCUCGUAAGACUCUUACCAGACAUGGCGCUUUUGGUGAAUUACUUGGGCCAGAACUUUUUCCCCCAUCUCUUGGUCUCACAGAUCGCUGUCAGCAUGCAGUGUUAGCACAAAGUCGUUACUUGGAACAAUCACGGGGACCCAUCUUUUCUUUGGCAGACAAGCGAAAACUAGAGGAAUCACUAAUACAUUUAUAUCAUUCAGAUCGCCAGUCUCAACCCCCAAAAAAUUUAAGAUCCACCUGCAUAGGUCCAACACCCUCAGGAUGGUUUUCUCAUGGAUUCAACUUUCACUCUGUUUACCGUCACUACUUGAGCCGUUUGGGCAGAGCCCCUGAAGCCACCACUAACCAUAAUGGCUGGACAUCAGUGGACUACAUGCUAUACUCUCGUAGUUAUUCUUCUUCCUUACAUAGGCCCAUUGAAGGAAAUCUUAAGUUACUGGCACGUUAUGGGCUGCUGUCAGGCCCAGAAGCUGAUAGGUUUGCACCACUACCUUCAGCAGUGUGUCCGUCAGACCACUUUCCCCUUGCUGCUCAGUUUUUGCUGCGAAGAUAGCUUUUAAUGCUAAAUAUUAUUUAAUAAAUGAAAUUGGGAACCAAAAUAAAAUAUCAAGUAUUUUUUCAUUGUAAUUUAUUCAAGAUUUGUUAUAUACAUUUUCAUGUACAAGAAUAUAUUUAAGUAUGAAAAGAGUGUAGACAGGUAAUGUACAGUUAGUUCAGCCACAGCUUGCUUAUGUACAAAAUAUAUUGUAAAUAGAUCUUAUCUUAAAAAAGAUAGUAAAGAUAUCACUUUUGUAAUGGUGUGUACCGAAUGAAAGACAUUGAUGUUUAGUGCUAUAAGCCACAGGACUUGCUUUAUAAUUUUUCUAUUCCUUGGUAAUAUAUGUGGAGGUCCCAGGGUUGGUGUUUUUUGUCCUAUUUACAUAUUUUAACCCCUCAUAGGAGGUUUUUUGAUGUGGGGCUUUUGAUCCAAAGAAUUGGGAUUUUUUUCUUAUCCUUCCUUGGACUGUACCUGUUUACCUGCCAUUUUCCAGGUGCUGUGAGACCCCUCCAGGUUUAAUGCUUCUCCCAAAAUAUGAUGAUAAUCAUAUGUCCUAAGCAACAUCUGCAUUAUCUGCACUACUUUUAUUUCACUUACUUUAUACGACAUUAUUUGUUUAGUUGGUUAUCAAUGGCAGUAAGUUGUAACAGUUUUUUCUGCCGAAAAUAAGAUGUAUUUUUGUAUAAUUAUGAAAUAUGUGUAAAUUAUAAGGAUUUAGGCCAGUUGAUAAGACAAUUUAACUAUACAUUAUUUUUCAAGAGCUUUUACCCAGUAUGAUAUGUAUUUGGGCCUCCAGAAGAUUUGCUUCCCCGCUCCCUUUUCGUGCCCUUCUGGAUUAAAUUGGCAGGCUUGGGUUAGACUGCUGAGCAGUUUUGGUGCAAAAUUGUACUAGCAUGAAAAAUGCACAUAACUUUAGUUAGCCUGACUCACAAAAUCGUAAUGACACGAUUGCAAACAAACCAUACCACAGGCGGGGAUAGAACCCGCGAUCAGAGACUCAUUGAUCACGGGUUCUAUCCCCGCCCAUGGUAUGGUUUCUUUAGUUAGCCGUUUGCUUAGAAAGGUAGGGGGAUGCAAAUCUUUUGUUAUCAGUUUAAUUUUUGGCUCAUGUUGAUCAUAGGCAGACAUUUGUCUCAGGCUUAUGUAGCUACAGAAGUUGUAGCUUGGUAAAAGAUGCUGCACAUCUUGCUGCUGCAUUGAAAGGCUUUACAGAGCAUGUGCACGCAGUUAUGCGUGCGAGCGACCUCUCGCGGAACCCUAAGGUUCUGGAGAACCACGGUUGAGAAACGCUGCUCUAGAGUAUGUAAUGCCCAAACAUACACUCUAGAAUUUAUAGGCUUUGCACUUAAAUUUGAAUACUUCUGUGUCCUUACAUACACUCGAAGAUUUGAUGACUACCCACUCACUCCAGACUUAGUGUUUGUCUACACAUUAAAAGGGAUGUAAUGCCUUUCCACAAACUACAGGACUUGAGGUGAGGGGCUCUUGAUGCAAACUGAAUAGGAACAUAUAUGAGAAAGGAGCACAAUAGCAGGCCUGCUGGCCCAUGCUAGGCAGGUCUAACUCACACCCACCCACACCAGUAUAUGCCUCCUAUUCAGGUGCUUUAUGACCCUUACAGGUUUAGCACUUCCCCCUGAAUGAAAUAAUAAUUUUAAUGGGUACACUCUGGGGCAUGCAAUAUCUGUAAUGAUAUUUGCCCUGCUGCAAUAAUUUUGUUGAAUAUUAAUGCAAUGUAACUUGCAAUACCAUUUAAUACCAAAAUUGUUUGAAAAGGACUUUUUUUUUUUAGGAUAUAUUUUAUUUUAUUUCAAGCAGUAGUUAUUAGACCCCCUGCUAGUCUUGUAGCCUGUCAGUGAGUGUAUAGGUCUCGUGACCCCAUACACUUCUGGGACCUUCAGCUACACUGUAUGUUGUUGGUUAGCUAGACACCUCACAGCUGUUUAUUGUGUAAUUACUGGGUUUAGUUCCAUUUUUUUGCUGUCUCACAAUUAUACACCUUUAUUUGUAAGUGGAAAAUAAGAUUUUUAAAUAAGGAUUUAAGAAAGGAGGAGCACUGCAGCAGGCCUGCUGCCCCAUGCUAGGCAGGUUCAGCACACACUCACUCAUGUACUUGCCUAACCUAUUUUUAAAGCUAUCCAAAGUUUUCACCUCACUGAUGCUACUUGUUGAGAGUUUGUUCCACUCAUCCACAGUUGUAUAUCUUUUCAAGAUUUGUUUUUUUUCGAACUUGAACCUAUUGCUGCCAGUCCUGUCUUGGUUAGAUAUUUUUAGCAUGCUUUUUAUAUCUCCUGUAUUUAUUCCUGUCUUCCAUUUAUACACCUCAAUCAUAUCUCCUAAUUCUACACCUUUUCAGAGAGUUCAGAUUCAGUGUCCUAUAUCCUCAUAGGAAGGAUUUCUGAUACAUGGGAUCAAUCUUGUUAUCCUUCUCUGUAUGUUUUGCAAUGCAUUUAUGUCCAUUCUGGUCACUAUUCCACCACCCUCUUGUUGACCCCAUCAGUGUUGAACCUAUCAGUGUGGAGUAAUUUAUAGCCUUGUAUAUGACAAUUAGAAAGCAUUUCUCUCUCUUUCAGGUUGACCCAGGUCUUUAUUAUAGCAAUAAUGUCUAUGCUUCCUGCACAUGCAAUUAAUCUUAGCUCAUCUAUCUUAUUUCUAACACUUCUACUAUUAGUAUAGUAAUCCUCUUGCUGCCCUCUACUGUCUAGUUCCCUUUUAUUAGUACAGUGGACCCCCGGUUAACGAUAUUUUUUCACUCCAGAAGUAUGUUCAGGUGCCAGUACUGACCGAAUUUGUUCCCAUAAGGAAUAUUGUGAAGUAGAUUAGUCCAUUUCAGACCCCCAAACAUACACGUACAAACGCACUUACAUAAAUACACUUACAUAAUUGGUCGCAUUCGGAGGUGAUCGUUAUGCGGGGGUCCACUGUAACUAUAUGAUGAAUAAUGUUGAAAGUUUCCCUAAGGUGUCUUGGCAAUUUUUGCUGCUUUGAUCCCUUGUGCUGCUAUCUGUUUCCUACACACCCAUCACUCUAAAAGCUUUUAAAGUACUAGACAUCUCAGCAAUGGCCUCCACUACAGAGUUGGCUAAGGCUACCACCCCUGCCCCAGGGGUGGUAUAUACUUGUUUGCCAUAGAAAUUGUCCCAGUUGUCAAUAAAUGGGAUUGCAAGUUCUUUGCAGUACUUGUUUAGCCAGCAAUUUAUACCAGUUGGCCUGAACAUGCAUUAAUUUUCCACUCAUAGGCAGAAUGCUACAUAUGAUUGGGACCCCUCCCUGAAACUCAAUUAAAUCUUUAGCUGUACUAUACAUAACUAGCAGCUCCUGUCUUCUGCCCUUCUCAAUAUUUCCAUCAGCACUAUGGCUUAUUCCUGUUAUCUGACAUGAUAUCCAACCUGUUGACUAUGACAAAAGCUCAAGGAAAACACCCUCUGUCUCACUUUUCUCUAUCUGUUACAGAAAGCACAGUCAGUAUGUUUUACCUGUGAAUUGACAUUAUCCUCACUGACCAAUGAAGCACAUUCAUCCUGGAGAACCUUCAGAUUUGCCACUUGUUACUGCUGCGAACUUGCACCUCACUUAUACAGUGGAUCCCCGGUUAAUGAUAAUUUUUCAUUCCAGAAGUAUGUUCAGGUGCCAGUACUGACCGAAUUUGUUCCCAUAAGGAAUAUUGUGAAGUAGAUUAGUCCAUUUCAGACCCCCAAACAUACACGUACAAACGCACUUACAUAAAUACACUUACAUAAUUGGUCGCAUUGGGAGGUGAUCGUUAAGCGGGGGUCCACUGUAGUAACUUUUUCCCUUCACUAAAUCCAACUACCUCACACUCAUUGUUAUACUUAUCCAGGCAAAUUUCCUCCUUGAAAAGUUGAACCUCCUCUUCCAAUGUUUUGAACUCUUGACUCUAAAAAGAAAACUGGUGAAGCAAGCCAUGGUGCUCCACUCAGACAGGUAGCAACCUCACAUAAGCUAUGUUCACUCGCCUCAAUGAACAUAGGCAUAACAACUGCACCCUUACUUUCAGGAUAUAGAUGUGUAUAUAUUUUUAUCCCAGCAAAAAGGUGUUUGAGGCUGGCUGCACACCAGCUGAUUCCACACACACUAGGUCUUCCAUCCCACGACAACCCUGCUGUCCAUACCACCUGCACUACACUACCAUCAUCUCUCGGACACAACCCUACUGUUCUACUCCACCCACACUGUCCCUAUCCCACAAUAACCCAUCAUCCCUGUCCUACAAAAACCCCAUCAUCUCUGUC